AUGGACGCUCUUCACAAAGGAUGGUUCAGUGAAUUAUCACCGGAUGAUGCGCAACAAUUAAAUCAAGAAGCAGGUGAUGAACGUGAUAAAGAACUGAAAUCUGAUGGCGCUUCAAUGGGUGAUGCAUGGCCAGGCCAGGCAUUUUCGUUGCAAGUAAAUAAAGUAUUAUUCCAUGAAAAGAGUAAAUAUCAAGAUAUAUUGGUUUUUGAAAGUCGAUCGUAUGGCAACGUACUCGUACUAGACGGUAUUAUUCAGUGCACAGAAAGAGAUGAAUUCGCAUAUCAAGAAAUGCUUGCACACUUACCGAUGUUUGCCCACCCGUGUCCAAGAAAGGUUCUUAUAAUUGGAGGUGGAGACGGAGGAAUAUUACGUGAAGUGGUGAAGCACGAUUGCGUUGAAUCAGUGACCAUGUGCGAAAUCGAUGAAAUGGUUAUAAACGCUUCGAAGAAAUAUCUGCCGCAAAUGUCUUCUGCUUUUGACCACCCCAAAUUCAAUCUAUUCAUUGGUGACGGAUUCGAAUUUCUAAAGAAUCAUAAGAACGAAUUCGACGUGAUAAUAACCGACUCAUCAGAUCCGAUCGGACCAGCAGAGAGCCUUUUCGGCAAAACUUAUUAUCAACUGAUAAAAGAAUCGUUAACAAGUGGAGGUAUUCUCGCCUCACAAGGAGAAUGUCCAUGGAUCGAUACAUUGAUAAUUCGGAGGUUAUCAUCGAUAAUGAAUGAGAUAUUUCUAAACUGUAAUUAUGGUAUUGGUUCAGUACCAUCUUACACAACCGGUUUAAUGGGAUAUUUUUUAUGUGUCAAUGAUGAUGAACUCAAGGUUCGUGAAAGUAUGUGGCUUCACUUAAAACUGAUCAAACAUAUGCAUGAAUUUAUGAGAAAUGAAUUUGAAACAGUUUCUUACGCGAAUUCAUUUAUGCCAUCUUAUCCAUCUGGAGCUAUGGGAUACCUGUUAGCUUCUAAUGAGAAACGAGAUCUAUCAGUCCCGGCACGAGAACUCAGUGAUGAGGAAGUGAAGAAAAUGAAUCUUAAAUAUUAUAAUUCGCAAAUACAUCGAGCCGCAUUCGUAUUACCUGAAUUUGUGAAGAAUGUUAGCACUGAAGUGAACAUAGAAUCGGUUGGAGUGGGUGAUNAUUAUAAUUCGCAAAUACAUCGAGCCGCAUUCGUAUUACCUGAAUUUGUGAAGAAUGUUAGUUGCUUUACAGACUGCAGCUGUACGAUUAAUAGCUUUUUGGAUUGA